GCUCGGGGGGAUUAGAAUACGGCCACGGUAUCCCCUGCCUGUCGUAAGAGGCGACUAUAAGGGGACACACAAGCAAAAAAUUGUAAAAGUAUGGCGGAAAAACAGAAGCAAAAGUAUGGCAAAUGUAUGAAACAAUGUAAAAUGCAAAAGAGAAUGAGAUUUGAAAAAAGGCGCACAAAGACCGAUACUAGCAUGCAGGUCUAAUCUCAUGAAGGGGUGUCUAGGACCCCCUCAGUAAACAAAGGCAUGUCCAGUCUUCUACAUCUGUAGUCACUGGAUUAAGAUAGAAAAAAAUUUGGAAAAUAUACUAUCAAGACAAUGUUAUGUAGAAGCAAAAUUGCAAAAUAUAAGUAAAGUAUUACCUAAUGUUAAUAUAAUACGUACAGAAGCUGAAAAGUUUUGUAAUAUGAUUGCACGUACCAAUGAUUUAGCAGAGAAUGUUAGUGCCAAAGUAAGACAGUUAGACCUGGCAAGGAGCAGAGUAUAUGAAUGUCAAAGACGUGUUAAUGAUAUUCUUGAUUUACAAUUAUGCAGUGAAGGGGUAGCUAUGGCAUUACGUAAUGAAGAUUAUGAACAAGGAGCUGCACAUGUUCAUCGUUAUCUGUCAAUGGAUCAACAAUUAUUAGAAAGAACAGCUGAAGAUAUCUUAAUGGAUCAUACUAGUAUUAGUAGUUCUUUAAUCACUUUACAACAAGCUGCAUUACAACUUAGAACAGUGGUCACACAUAAAUUUGAUGAAGCAGUUAAGUCAGAAGAUCUGGCUUCUGUUGAAAGAUUCUUCAAAAUAUUUCCUUUAUUAGGAAUGCAUGUAGAAGGACUUAAAAAGUUUUGCAGUUAUUUAUGUACAAAGCUACAUGAAACAGCACAAAAAAAUUUGAAAGCUGCUUUGGAAAUUAAAAGUAAUGACAAAAGAGCAUCAGUCAUUUUUGCUGAUACUAUGACAUUAUUAUUUGAGGGAAUUGCUAGAAUUGUAGAAAUACACCAACCAAUAAUUGAAACAUACUAUGGUCCUGGAAGACUGUUAAUGACAAUUUCUAUUCUCCAGAAAGAAUGUGACAGGCAAGCUAAGAAGAUUAUUGCAGAAUUUAUGAAACAUAGAUGUAUAUCUAAAAAAAUACAAAUGGUGAAUGAUCAUCUUCGGAAACCAAGUUCUGAAAGGGUAGAUCCUAAAGAAUUUGAUUUGCUGCUAGGAGAAAUUACUAUAAUGCAUUCACGAGCAGAAUUGUACAUUCGAUUUUUAAGAAGAAGGGUUAAAAAUGAUAUAGAAAUUAGUGUAACAAAUGAUGAACAAUUUAAAGAUUUAAUGAAUGAAUUUGAAAGUAUUAUCAGUAACUCUGAUACAGCACGUGGAAUGCAAGAACUUUUGGGUGCUUAUCUUGCAUUAGAAAGAUACUUUCUUGAAGAAAGUGUUAGUAAAGCAUUGGGAAUGGAUACUUUAGAACAGGAUCAGCAAACAUCUAGUAUGGUUGAUGAUGUUUUCUUCAUAGUACAAAAGUGUAUCAGGCGUUCUAUGUCGAGUUGGAGUAUAGAUGGUGUCUGUGCGGUAGUUAAUAUGGCUUGUGGCAUUUUAGAAGGAGAAUUUGCAAAUCGAUUACGAAACCGAUUACGACAAGGCUAUCCAGCUGGAUACUUAGAUUUGGCUCAAGCUUAUAGUGCCCUUCAAACAAGUAUUCAACAUGGUCGUUUACAAACUUCGGAUACAGAACUCGCUCGUUUAACGUUUCUGGCGUAUCUAAACAAUACCGACGUAAGUAUUGAAUAUGUUGAGACGCUAUGUAAGACCCUUAGUACAGAAAUAGAUGCCACAUUUCCUAAUAUGCAAGAUAAGGAUAGGGGUAAAAUCGACAGUUGUUUGUCUGGUUUGAAGGGCGUUAUGUCAAUUUUGCGAGCUGUUACAGAUUAUGGUUUAGAACAAUUACGUGUAAGCGCUAUUAAACCUAGAGUUACACCUUGGGUCGAUGCCUUCUCAUCGAUAGAUCAUCACAUGAACGAGGAUGAUUUAUUAAGAUACGAAACAGAAGAACCUUUUGUACAAACCUUAAUCAUGAACUUAGACGGUUUGCUUCAAAGUUUUAAAGGAAGUCUAACAACAGCCAAUUACGAUGCGUUAAUUGGUCUUCUUACUGCUGAAGUUACAGCUCGUUUAGAGAAAGUUGUAUUAAAAUCGACUUUUAACAGAGCAGGGGGUCUUAUACUCGACAAAGAAAUUAGGUCAUUAGCAAGUUACUUGGCUGCCUUCACUUCUUGGUCUGUACGUGACAAGUUUGCCCGGCUAACCCAAAUAGCUACAAUAUUAAGUGUAGAAAAAGUGGAAGAAUUAGCCGAUUACUGUGGUGCAGAUGCAAUAGCAUGGCGACUAACACCCGCGGAAGUUCGACGAAUAGCUUCUUUAAGAAUAGAUUUUCGCCCGGAAGAUAUAAAAAGAUUAAAACUCUAAAUUCUCAUGUAGUUCAGUAUUACAACUAACAAUGUUAUUCGUAUUAAACUUACCCCUUAAUAAACGUUUAGGUUAAAUGUUUCGAUCAUAUUCAGAAGAAUCAAGAAUUAAUCGGAUAACAUCACAAAUUUAAUUUUAACUUUUUUUAUUACUAAUGAAUUCAGUUUUACAUUUAAUUCGUUAUAACGCCAUGAAUUAAAUCAAUGUAAAUCGUUUAUUCAAAUUAUAUACGAGCGUACAUCGUUUUCUUUAUUUUACUUUUCUUGCGUUUGUCAAUUUACAAAUUAAUAAUUUUAUGACAUUUUUACUACUAGAAUUUACGUAAUUUCAACAUGUGCAAUACCCUUUUUUAAAAACUCACUGUGACAUUUGUUUUUAAAAUAUCAUAAAGUUUUUUAUAAUUGUACGGAAUAUUUUGCUAAAAUGUCGUGUAUGUCACAAAUUUAUCAAUUGUAACUUCUAAUGCAUACAUUACAAAAUCGUGUGUUAGUUUUCUAGAUCUCAUAGAAUUUUGCCAUGUUGAUAUUUUUUAAUGUUUCACAAAUUUAAAGAUGAUGAAAAAUGUAUCUUCCUGUGAAGUCUUCAAAUCUUCAGUGUUGGUAUCUUCUUUGAAUAGUCUUCCUAAUGAAAUUUCAGCGUUGGUUCUUCUUCUUCGAAUCCCACGAAGCCCCACGUUGAUGCUGUCCUCGAAUCCCACGAAGUCCCACGUUGAUGGUGUCCUUGAAUCCCAUUAAGUCCCACGUUGAUACUGUAUUCAAAUCCCGCGAAGUCCCACGUAGUCCCACGUAGAAGAUUGGUAGCAAACUUUCCCAAAUCCCAUCAAGUCCCACGAUGUUCCAUGUUGGUAACUAUCCACGUCCCACGAAGUCCCACGAUGAUCCCUGGUCCAUGUUCCACGAUGUUCCACGAUGAUCCCUGGUCCAUGUUCCACGAUGUUCCACGAUGAUCCCUGGUCCAUGUUCCACGAAGUCCCAUGAUGAUUACCGGUCCACGUCCCACGAAGUCCCACGCUGACUCUUGGUCCACGUCCCACGAAGUCCCACGAUGACUACUGAUCCACGUCCCAUGAAGUCCCACGAUGACUACCUCCUGGUCCACUUCUCAUGAAGUCCCAUGAUGGCCCCUGGUCCACGUCCCACGAAGUCCCACGUUGAUUACCGUGCGCCUCCCACGAAGUCCCGCGUUGAUUACUAUGUAUAUCCCACGAAGUCCCACGUUAAAAAUUGGUCUACAUUUCAGGAAGUCUCGGUAUUCAAAA